AUGGCGCGUCCAAAAACUGUCCGCGCUCCAACCACGGCCAGUCUCCCAAACAACUUGCGCAUUCCCUCGACGACCCCCUCUCUCGUGAAGACACUAGGCAAACUGUCCCGACAGGCACUGCUCGAUCUUGCUUUGCUAUGGCUGGAUGAUCGCAACCUCGCGGCUUUCCCGCCCUAUCUCCAACAUGAAGAGGCCGACGGCCCCAACGACCAGGAAACCCUCCCCUACCCCGCGGCCGAGACUGUGGAGGAAGUCCGCCAGGCAUACGAAGAUUACCAGGAGCGGAAGGGCGGGAAGCGCGAGGUGUUGGAACAUAUUCUUGAGGGAGAUUGGCGACAUGGGAUCACGCUGCGCCAGCUGGCUAUGGCAGAUCUGCGCUACAUGGACGACCACCCGGCGAGCCUGCGAUGGACAGCGCUUGAGCUUACCCGCACCCGCCGACUGGUCUGGAUGCGUUCCGCGCAUGCAAGCGGCGACUUUUGUGAGAGCUCUCCAGCGGGAAAUCUCUCCUCUUGUCAAGGCGCACUUUCACCUCGCUCGCUCAGCCGCUCUACCCCUGACAUUUCUUCGAAUCUUGGUCGUGGACUCGCCAUAUCAAGUUCCCCGACAACCCCCGAGACCUUUACCGAUUCCUCGCGCGUCAUCUAUGUCGCCUUCCCCGACAGCUGCCCUUUCAUCUAUACCUCCAUUGCGGCCUCCACGGGCUCCAAGCCUGCGGUGUCAACGAAUGCCGCAGGAACCGAUCCCAGGAGCCUUCAGCGGUUGGUGCGCGAGGCUAUCCCCAAGGCUCUCUCCCGUCCUCAGGAACGAUAUACCCUCAAACCAACGUCUUUGGCCGCAAAGAACCUGCCGACUCUCUUGAAACUACGUGGCCCUGGCAGGACGACAGUAGCAAACGGCGCAUUCAGCAUAUUCGCGGAUGCCGUUGUUGAGGGAAGCCCGUUGGAUCCGCGUCCCUCCAACACGGUUACUCCAGAGGAACACCUGCACGGAUCCCACAAGAUCUCCGGAGGAGCCGAAGACAAAGAGAACGCAAAACACCAAGACGAUCCUCAAUCUUCGACAAACAGCACAACAAAACGUCCACCCAUCGGCGAUGAUGAUUCUGUCCCGCUUUCACCAGCCUCGAAGAAGCGGCGCCUCGCCAUCCAUUCCCGCUUCGGCACAUCGGGUUCCGCACUGGCUCCGGCACCCUUGGAUCGUCUGGAUAUUCGCCUUCUUGAUACCCCAGGAUCUCGCGACGACAGCGAUGAUGAGGGGGGUGGCACUGCAGACCACGCUGCCGCUACUGCCCCAUCGGUAUCGCUGACAUUCGCCGGAUCAGAUAUCAUCGCUGGAUUCCGCAAACUCGCUGAACUGGGUGUUGUCGAUCCCGAGCGCAUGCCGUCUUGGAUGACUGGCGAGGAGGCUGUGAGUGUGGCGGUUGUGCGACAAGGCCGAAGGCUACGGAAAGAUGUAUGA